AUGGAAGGUGCAUACAACCUCCAUUCCCAGCCCUCCCACCCUAUUCGCUCCGGUUCCCGCCAGUCCCCUACUUGCCGCUACUGCAAGAAAACCGGACACACUAUUGACGAAUGCUUCAAGUUGAAGAAGAAGAAAGAGAUCGAAGAAAGCUCUCGACGGGAGAAAUCUGUCAUCCAGCCUUCGGUGCAUGUGUCAACAAGCUCCUCCGCCGACAUCCCUUCGACCUCCACAACACCUACUGCCCCAUCAGCCUCUCAGUCCGUACCUGAUUCCCGGUACGUUGACAUUGCUUUCAGCACCAGCCACGGCUCCAUCCUCCCCACCUGGACUCCUCUCGUCGCUACUCUCUUCAUCUUCACCAUCCUCCUCCUCCUCCUCCUCCUCCUCCUCUUCCCUUAUGGUGCUCCCUAUGCAUCGGCAUUCACGGCCUCUUCAUCAAACCUGGUCCGGACGUCUUCCUGGCUGGUGGACAGCGGCGCAUCUUCCCAUAUCUGCUCCGAUCGCUCGCUGUUUUCAUCUCUCCAGCAGCCAACUGAUGAUAUUAUCGUUCGCUUUGGUGGCGGAGAGACUUACAAGGUCUUGGGAGUCGGCACGGUGGUGGCUACUCUUCGUUCCCAAACCUCGGAAACCACCAUUCAGCUAGACAACGUUCUGUUUCUCCCUUCAUCGGUUCACAAUCUGCUCUCAGUUCGUGCACUUGGAGCUGCCGGCAUUACCGUUUCCUUCCCCAUUGCUGGGCGGGUUGAGCUCAAGACUGAUGAGGCUCUUAUUGGCGAAGGCUUUACCCGCAACAAUCUGUUCUAUCUUCAGCUGCAUCAUGGAAAGAGUGCCGCCCCCCCCAUCAACCCAUCGGCAUGUCCAGUCUCCACCACCUCCUCCUCAUACCUUUGGCAUCGCCGUUUCGGGCAUCUUAACAUGCGGGACUUGUCAACACUUCAUCGGCAGCAGCUGGUCUCCGGUCUUAACCUCUCCUCCUCCUCAAUUCCUCAAUGCAUCUCACCCAACCUCCCCUCCCUCUCGUUCACCUCCCAUGACCUCUUCCACCACCCUCCUCCCCCCAUCUCCAAAUCUGCCAGCACCAGCAACCUCUUCUCCUCCUCCUUUGUUUUCCAAUCUUCCUCUGCCCUCGACGCCGCAAGACUUCCGCCUUCCAUCCCUCUCCUCUCCUUCUUCAGCUCGUCCUCCCCCUUGCACCUCUAG